AAACGCGAAAAGCAUUUAAAUUGAAAUCACCUGACAUUUAUAUUUUCGAAUAGCAAUUCGUUGACUAUAAAUGUUAUUUGAUUUUUUGAGAUAUGUGCUUAGAUCAAAUGGAAACAAAAAUGUAUAUAUCGAGAAUCUCAUACAACAGCAAUUAUAAAUGCAUAGCUUUUUUGUCGUAUUUGCUUUGUAUUCUUUUCUCUGUCACUUUCUGCUUUCCAGCUCCAAAGAAUCGAAUGUUAUCACGUUGCACUUUAAAGUUCGUGCUGUUGGCAAAACUUGUGUGUGUUUUUUUUUUUCAUUCUCUCGGUUUAUCGUGCCAGACAAAACCAUUUUUUUAAUUUACUGUUUCACACAAGGUGAGAGAGAAAUAGCGAUAAGCAAAUUCGAUUUGGUCGCGGAUGAUUUAUUAUUGACGAGAAUGAUUUUGUUUCUAGCUGUUUCUACAACUUAGCUUCUGUCGCAUUUUUUUUGCUCGCGUUUGCUUUCUGUUUUGAAAAGUUAUUCGGCAUGAUUCUUAAUCCAUUAAACUUGUUCUUACUCUGCUUCAUUGACAACCAAAUCGAAUGGCAAAAUUAAUUGCGGGAUAUAUAAACACACACACACACACAUAGAGAGAUAAAGCAAGCGAGCGAAAUAUCUACUAUAAACCACAAACGAUACAGAAUUAAAAGGUUCUAAGAUCGAAUUACAUAAAAAAAAUCUAAAACCAAGUAACCACAAUGGCAAUGAAUUGUCAGGAUUUAAUUUGAUUAAAGUUAUUAUUAUGUUAUCAUUAUUUGUUCAACGGAAUGCAUCGUUAAAAAAUGUAUCAAUGCACCGAUCAAAUUAUUUUGAUUUUUCUCUGGAACUUUUUUGUCCAAUGCCAUAAUUUGACAUUUCCGUGGAUUUUCACUCCAAAGCUCAAAUUAUGGAUAUAGAAACACCGCAGAGAUACACCAUAAUUGGAAAAUAACACUUUUCUUUGCAGUGUAUCUGUAUCCAUAACAAUUUGAGUUUUUAAGUGAAAAUCCACAAAAAUGUCAAUUUAUGGCAUUGAACGAAUGAAGUCUCAGAGAGGACCAAAAUCCGACAGCCCCAAUACAAUUGCACGUGCCAUUGUCGAGGUUAACACGCCUUCUGAAAAUGGAUCUCACACAAAGUUUACACUAGACAGAGUUUAUUUUGAAAUUAAAAUACAGUGAUAAAAACAGAGAGACAAACAAAAUCGAUUGAUUCAAAAAUUCAACAAGGAAAUUGCAAUUCAUCAACAAUAAGAUAAAACAAAUAGUUUUAAAUUCAACAGCGCGCAACAAGCGAAAACGAAACAGCCAAAAGUUCAAGUGUGAUCACAAAAAAAAAAUUCAUUCCAAAAUAGUUAAUAAUUAUAGUUAAAAGAACACACACACAUAUCAAACAAUGACUGUGUCAUAUGCUGGAGAAGUGCCAAAUGGAAGUAGUUUUGGAUGUUUUUGGAAAAUUCUAUGGAAGUGGCGAGGCAGUCUGUAUAAACUAAUAUGGCGUGAAUUAUUAGCAUACUUAGCAUUAUAUUAUGCAAUUAAUGUCACGUACCGAUAUGUUUUAAAUGACGAAUACAAAAGGUUUUUUGAUAAGCUUCAGAUGUACUUCUAUACUAACUUUAGAUUAUUUGAAAAAAUCCGGCAGUAUUUCGGUGCACAAACCGAAAGUAUACCGAUGUCAUUUGUGCUGGGUUUUUACGUUACACUGAUAGUCAAACGGUGGUGGGACCAGUAUAAACUGCUGCCAUGGCCUGAUACACUAGCUUUAUUUAUAAGUGCUGCCAUUCCAGGAAACAAUGAAACUGGCCGAUUAAUGAGACGUAAUAUUAUGCGAUAUUCAGUAUUGGCUUACGUAAUAACAUUGAUGAGAAUAUCGCUGCGUGUGAAACGACGUUUUCCGACCUGGCAACAUUUGGUUGAUGCUGGUUUAAUGUUGGAAAGUGAAAAGAAAAUCUUCGAAAUAAUGGACAGUAAAAGUCCAAUGUCAAAAUACUGGAUGCCAUUGGUAUGGGCGACCAACAUCAUAAAUCGAGCGCGUAAACAAGAAAUCAUCGCAUCCGAUCAUAUUGUACAAACACUUUUAGUCGAAUUGUCGGAUAUUCGUCGUCGAUUGGGUGCAUUGAUCGGCUAUGACACAGUUUGUGUACCGUUAGUUUAUACACAAGUUGUCACUUGGGUAUUGUACUCAUACUUUUUUGCCGCAUUGUUAGGACGACAAAUGAUACCGAGACCAGACGGUACAGUUCCAACCGGAAAAUAUGAAGAUCCUGAUCUAUAUUUUCCACUAUUCACAGCAUUACAGUUUUGCUUUUAUGUUGGGUGGCUGAAAGUUGCUGAGGUUUUGAUCAAUCCAUUUGGAGAGGACGAUGACGAUAUUGAAUUAAACUGGUUGAUUGAUCGUCAUAUAAAGGCAUCAUACAUGAUUGUUGAUGAAAUGCACGAAGAGCAUCCAGAAUUGCUGAAAGAUCAAUAUUGGGAAGAAGUUGUGCCAGUUGAUUUGCCAUACACAGUGGCUUCAGAACACUAUCGCCGAUACGAACCAAAGGGAUCGGCCGAAAACUAUAAAGUCAAACAAGCUGAUGCAAUGUAUGCCAAUAUUAUACCAAGCAAACGACAAAACUUUGAUGAUAUGUAUGCUGAUUAUGAGAGCGUUGAUACACCAAUGGCUGAACGACGAAAAAGUUCCAAUUGGUUUAGCAGACAAAUAACACGAAUGGGAUCAUUGAGGAGCUCGUCAACGGCCUACUCUUCCGGAUAUCCAUUCAAGAGAAAUCGUCACAAUUCGGUUUAUUCAAGUCCAGACAAUGAUUUACCUGGCCAACAACUUAGACCGUCAAUUAACAAUAAAAUGAAAAUGUACGACAAAUUCCCGAGAAAAUCGGGUCGAAAUCUUAAAAAUAUGCUGAAACGAGCUCGCAUUCCAACGCCCGAUGCAACCACAUCGACUACUAAUGAGAAAGAUAAUCGAUUCAAUUCAGUGCCAGUAGAAAUGAUAAGUGAGACAAUGUCAACAUCAGCAAAUAUGAGCACAACACCAACGAUGAGUGUGGCUACCGGUGUUGCUUUAAUUCCGGCCAAUUUACAAAAUACAAAUGCAACGCCGGUCACUCUAUUUUUAUCUCCGAUCAAAGAGUCGGAUUCAAAUUCGGCGCAUAGCACCCUCCAGGCGGGAACGCCAGCAACAAAUGCAUUGGCCGAUUGGAGAAAUACAAUAAGUAAUAGCCCAACGUUAGCUCGCAUUAUGCCCUCCGAAAGUGUUGGCACAACAGCUAAUAUGAUUAAAGUAGUAACAAUGUUACCUUCGCAUUCAACGCCGCCACUUCCGAAUUUAAAUACACAUCCAGCCGUGAGCAAUGCCGGUCCCAUAAUCACUGAGAUAAUGGAUGAUAGACACGAGGCAAGCAACGAAUUCAAUGACACCGAUUCGGAUAUAAUGCGCUCAAUAAAUCGAACCAAUUCAAUAGCAUCGAAUAAAACGACGUCACGUCUAACACGGCAAAUGUCAUUUGGAGCAAAAUCAACUGAGUCACCCAGUCUGCCAAAACGUAAUCAACCAAUUACAUCGUCAGCACCGUCAACACUCACCAAAAAAGGCCUAGAAGAAGACGAAAAGAAAGAAAUUUACGUAUAAUCGUUAAGUUUUUACACUCAGGCUUUGGUUUUCUCUUUUUUCUUCUUCCGGGAUGCAUAAUGAUUAAUGAAUUUAAAACUGCAGUUACCUUCAAACUUAGACAAAGACGAGAAAUCAAAACAAUUUUUAAAAGAGAAAAAGAAAAACAAUAAGACCUGUAUCCAAUUUUUUGUGCCACAAAUUGAUUGAAAAUUGUCGAUAACAUUUUUUUUUUAGAUAAGCAAAAAAGAUUUAUAAGCAAACGAAGGUGUCAAAUUUGUCUUUUAAAUGAAGUGAGUGAAAAAUUUGUGGAAAAAGAGGGAGUGAAAUUGAAUGAGAGAAAAGGGAUAUACAAUGGAAUGCAAUAAAUGCAAUAUAUGAUACUAUUUUUUAUGAUGUGAUAUCUAAUAAUGAUGUAUAGAAAACAAUUCAACAAGAACCCAUUUCCUAUUUGUAUUAUCUCUUCUGUUAAUAGUACUAAACAGUCUAAAAU